AUGACUCUGGGUGGCAAGAAGUGUGUGGUUAUCUCUGGUGGACCCACAGAGGUCACCUGCACAGUGCCUGCUGGUCAACUUUGCAUCAUCCGCAAAAAGGCUCAUGUAGCUUUUCACCUUCUCCGUCAUAUCAUUUAUAUAGACUGCAAACAUGAUUGGUGCAAGUCAAGAGGAACAAACUUUGGCACUUCAGGAUCAGUUCAUAUCGGAUCAGAGCUGUGUUAUACGACUCAUUGGAGUAACAUCAGCGUGAGCUGUCUUACCCCGGCACUGUCGGCUGGCACUCAUACCCUGGUACUCUCCGCUGAUGGCUUUGGUGCUGCUGCCAGGGAAGUGGAGUACGUACUGCAGGUGACCUCGGCCUCAGCUACCCAGGGGUCAGUGAAGGGUGGCACGCUGGUCAGGCUGGGCGGCACAGGCUUCAGCUCGGAUUGUUCCUGCCUCAAGGUGAAGCUGGGCCAGGUGUAUGAGUGUGAGGUGCUGCAGUGCUCCGAUGAGGCCCUCACCUGCAUCACCAGGCCCAUCACCACCAACCACAGGAUUGUGAAUGUUGGCACCAGCUCUGAGACUGUAUCAUGGUAUCCUCGUGUGCUGGAGGUAGUGGAGGGAGACUCAGUAACCUGGCAGUGGAGUAAGGUGUCUGAGAACUCACAGCUGCAGUACAGAGUGUGUGAGGUGGCCAGCCCUGUGGAUAACUGUGAGGACGCUGAUGAUUCUGGCUUCUUCUCAGGGACACAGACUGUUGCAGGCUCUUUCACAGUGGCCUUCCCCCAGCAAGGCAUCCACUAUUAUGCUGGCCCCACACUGCCUGGUGGUGUGGUGAUGCGGGGCCAAGUCAACGUGGUACGGCCACCUCAUCAGGCCCUCAGGAUGGCCGCACUGCUGGGUGACAAGGAAGCCACCUACCAGGUUGCCGGGAGUCAGGUCGUCAACAUGAGUGGCUGUGACCCCAUCCUGGAGAUGCCUCUGGACGGGUGUGACCUCCCCGACCUGACCACACCAGAAAAUGGAUACCUGUACUUUCAUUUCCACACCUGUCACACACCUGUGGUCUCUGCCCUGGCCUCCUCCACCACCAACACUGUGAAGGACCUGAGUGGCCUGCAGGUGGUGGGCGGCGACUCUCUCUCACCAUCACUGGAUCAGGCUUUGGUGACCUGGCCUGCCAGGUAGAGGUCAGUGUUGAUGAAGCAUCCUGUAGUGUGACCUCUGCUUCAGACACCUCUGUGACCUGCGAUCUGGACAACCUGGACAACCUGAGGUCGGGUGCAUACCUGCCCAUCACUGUCAAGGCAAUCAACAGGUGCCGGCCAAGAUGGACACCCUUACCUUCACCUACAGUGAGGCACUCACCCCUGUGGUCACCAGCAUGGCAGUGCAGGGCGAGGAAGUGACAUUGUCUGGCCACAACUUUGGCAGUGACAACACCAAGGUCACCAUC